AUGAUACGACCAGGGUGGCAGCUGCUAAUGCAACGAUCUGUUAGUCCAAUUUUUGUCACACAACGCCUCGGUCUUAGAUUUGCGGGCCAUUCGAAAUGGGCCAACAUCAAACAUGAUAAGGCCAAAAAUGAUGCUAAAAAAUCCAAGGAAGCAACAUUUAUGGUAACUAGAAUAGAGAGUUGUGUACGAACUGGUGGCAAAGAAGGAAAUGCAACAUUAGAGCUGCUUUUGGAAAAGGCGAAAAAGUUGAAUGUUUCAAAGCAAGUUGUACAGAAUGCUAUCAAGAGAGGUGCCGGAGAGAUUGAGGGAUCGGCAAUUCAAAACGAGGUUAGCUACGAAUUUAUAGGUCCCGGUGGUGUUGCGAUUAUUGUUGCUGCCCUCACAGACAACAAAGCAAGAACAAUAAUGAGGGUAAAGACGGCAUUGGCAUAUUUUUCAGCGUCGAUGAGUCCCUGUAACUACAUGUUUUCUAAAAAGGGGGAAAUCUUGUUUAAACCAGGAAAAGAUGGAGAUAACCAGUCCUCAGAUGAAGUGCUUGAACUUGCCUUGGAGUUGGGUGCGGAUGACUUUGAGGAAUUGGAUCUUGAUGAUGAUUUUAAGCCGAAUUUGAAACAUAAGGUAUACCGUUUAAUAUGCGAGCCUGGAGAUAUCUAUAGCAUCUGCAAUCAGCUAACUUCAAAGGGAUACAAACUACAUGACUCAACUGUGAGGUACCUUGCCGAGAAAGACGUACAAGUACAAUUUCCAGAGGAGCAUUCAAAGGGGUUUUUAAGAGCAAUCGACAACCUAGAUCAAACUCCCGAGGUGACUGAUUACUUUACAAAUAUUGAAAAUGAGCAUGAAAGUAGGAUUCAGUCGUCAUUAAGUUAA